AUGGUCACCAUCACUCUGAAAGUCUUGGCGGGUGUCGCCGCCUUUCUGGCUAUUGCCAAUGCAUCGCCUGCCGAGGUUGUACCUUCUGAUGAAAGCCAUCCCAUUCCACAGGAAUUCAUCGAUGGAGUUCUUGCUUAUUUCAAAGCUCACCCUUUAAAUGGAACGGCCAAGAGAGACAUGGGAAACGCUCUCCAUAAGCGAGUUCCAGGCGAGCACGGCUGCGACCAUGACGAUCAUUGGGUGUCGCGUAUGUGUCUGAGCGAUGUAGGUCCAAGGGAAUACGAAGACGAGUGUCAGGAUGAGGAUGGAGAGGAAUACCAAGCGGAUGGAAUUUGUCCAGAGCUUACGUACUGCUCCGAGGUCAUCGAACGGGGACAUGAGCACCAGAUUCACGACAUAAUUUGUAUGCCAGCCACGCCGCCAAGGGAAGACAAUAUAGGAACCAAGGGUCAAUAUGGCUAUAGGACAGUUCAGGCAGUCAACCAGCGGGGAGUGACCGAGUUGGAAAAGUCUAUUUCUCUGCAAGAAGACAUCGCGGGCGCUAGUGUGUCUGGCCACGUCCGGAGCACCGAUAGGACGUUUAUUAUCGACCCAGCUAACACGCUGACGGCUAAUCUACACGGCUUCCAACUGAAUGUCUGCAAGGAAGAUAAAGGCGACAAGCACCAUGAUUCACGUAUUUGCAAGCCUACCCGUCGAGUCAACUUGAAGAAAGGCAACACAAUCGACUUUACAUUCGGACUUUCGUAUCAGCAGAGCGGCAUUCUGUUCUAUGGCAUCUUGAGAUCUUGA